UCACUCUCCACCCCCACAAAAAAAUAGAAAUUUAAAAAAAAAAAAAAAAGACAUAUACAAAGGUGGUUUCUCUGCUGCAACACAGCAAACUCGAUCAUGGCAAUCUCAGUAGCACUUAAGGUUGCAUGCAUUGUGGUGAUGUGCAUGGUAGUGGGUGCACCAUUAGCCCAGGCAAUCACAUGUGGACAAGUGGCAAGCAGUGUAGCACCGUGCAUCAACUACCUCAAGACUGGUGGACCUGUUCCUCCUCCAUGCUGCAAUGGUGUCCGAGCUCUCAACAACGCCGCCAAAACCACACCUGAUCGCCAAGCCACUUGCAACUGCUUGGUUAACUCCGCUAAGAGCAUCCCUGGUCUCCAACCCAACCUCAUCGCCGGCCUUCCCGGUGCUUGUGGGGUUAAUCUUCCUUUUAAGAUUACCCCAUCCACCAACUGCGCCAACAUCAAGUGAAGUGGCACGGGAUAUGGGUGUGGAAAGAAUAAAGUUGAGUGCGUUUGGAGAUUGAUCUCAUUGGCUCUCUGAUCGUCAGGAUAUAUUUUAGUGUCUUUGUCUCAUUGCUAGUUGUUGUUUUCAUCAAAAUUUAAUGUCGGUUUUUACGUUGGUACCUAGCUAGUGUAGUACUUUAUCUUUGUACUACGUUGCGCUGUCUCUGUUAAUUAAUAAAAAUAAGCUUAAUUUCUA